AUGGCUUCGUCUAGUGUGGAUUCUAACGUGCCCACCACAGAGGACCCCGUCGAAAGCAAGACGGAAUCGCUCUCCUCCAGCACCGAAGACGACAACACAACGGCAGAAGAAGCAUCAGCACCUAAGCAGAUGGAAGAGUCGGGGCAAACCGAAGAGGUGACAGAGACCACAACAGAGGCACUCGCCGACGAUGUCGAUCGGCUGGCAUUGCACGCCACGUCAGCGCAUGUCGGAAAGACCGACAGCCCCAGCAAAGAUGCAGCUGAUGCAGAGGCGAAGGAGAGGCAGUCCGGGACCAACGUGCCGCAAACACACACAAAAGCUACCGCGAUAGCUGCUGACGAAGCCGUCAGUGCAAGCAAGCCAGAUGGAGAGGCGGAACCUGCUCAGGACUCACUCGGUGCUGCCGAAGACUCAGAAGCUACAAAAGACAAUUCACCAUCUGCCGCCCCGGCAUCGGCCCCUGUGGACAAGAAGAGCCACGACAGCUCGCGUCCGCCACAACCAGUCGCUGUAGAGGAGCCCGUGCUCGCAUCUGAUCAGAUGAACACCGCGACUGCUGGAUCCGGCGGCAGCGCAAACGAAGCUUCUGCCACCUCGCAAGGGCGAGAAAGUGUGUCACCGCCAACUCUCCCGAGCAAGGACGCUCCGCAACUACCGGAGAAGACAACAGCGAACGACACAAGGCCCAGCACCGCCGAGGUAGACACGUCAACUACGCCAGCUACUCCCCAACCUGCGAAACCUAGCCGGGAAGCGCUGGCCGAUGCUGACAGCGUAGCCGCCGUUGCUCACGCCUUUGGUCGAGACUCUCCCGCGAUCCGCUCGCCCUUGGACACGCCACAACGCAUUUCUACUCCUGUGGACCGCACCAACAAUGAUACUGGUAAGGCAAAGAUGGAGUUGGAUGAUGACCAGAGAGCAAGGGAAGCCGCAACAAGAGCGCCUACAAAAGAGGCGAACCAAGCGCAAGAAACUGCGGAAGGCGUAGCGGAGAGCGAAAGGGUCGCAGAUGCAAGCACCGACAAAGGUGCUCCUCGAGGCGGCAUCCGCAUUGGAAAGGGACCACCUCCGACGACGCAGGCGAGCGAAGAAGUCCCCUUCGACUUCAACCGCUUCCUGGAGCAGAUGAAGCACCGAAGCGCGCAGCCCGUGGGCGAGUACGUGCGCAGUUUCAUCAAGGGCUUCUCCAAGAAACCGUACCGCACCCAGGACCAGAUCAAGCUCAUCUUCGACUUCCUCGACUUCAUCGCUGCACGUAUGAGGGAGUGCGAUGUAUGGAAGAACCUCGGCGACACCGACUUUGAAAACGCAAAAGAGGCCAUGGAGAAGCUCGUCAUGAACCGACUCUACCCAUACACUUUCACGCCUGCUGUCCACAAAGAGGGCCGCUGGGCCGUGCAGACCGACGAUCUCGAACGCGACCGGGUAUUGAGGCAGCGCAUCGGUCUGUUCGGAUGGCUCAGCGAGGAGCACCUCGACGUUCCGGUGGGCGACCAUUCUCGCGGCUUUAUCGAAUUCUCCAUUCAGGAGCUACUCAAGAUCAACCACUACAAGGCACCUCGAGACAAGCUGAUCUGCAUCCUCAAUUGCUGCAAAGUCAUCUUUGGCAUGAUCCGGCAUCUAUCGUCGCAGGAGAAUGCAGACACAUUCAUCCCCGUCCUCAUCUUUGUCGUGCUCAAGGCGAACCCGGAGCACCUCAUCUCGAACGUCGAGUACAUCAGCCGCUUCCGCAAUCCGGAUCGUCUUUCGAGCGAGUCGGGUUACUACCUGUCCAGCUUGAUGGGCGCCAUCGCCUUCAUCGAGACGAUGGACUACACUUCGCUGAGCAACAUCACGCAGGAGGAGUUCGAGAAGCGCGUGGAAGAAGCCGUCUCGUCGCUUCCGGAGCCCGAAGCUUCGACUGCGUCAGGAGCAGCGUCUGGCGCAUCGGAAGCAAGCCUGCUGGCUCCACCGACUACACCUCCACCACGAGGUGGUCAGCCUGCCUUUGGUAGUCAACAGCAUCAACGCAGCGUCAGCGCCACUAGCGUGUCGGCACCCUCCGGGCCGGGCGAGGAGGCUGCAAAGGCGCUCCCCUUCACGCCCAUGGCAGCCACGCUUGCGGACGAUACGCGUGCCUUCUUCCUGCGGACAGGGGAGGCGGCUCGAACAGGCCUCAGCCGACCCAUGGGUGCGCUUGGCAGGCUGUUCAAUGAGGGGAUCGAAGGCAUUCGCACACCGAGUCAGAACGACAGUGGCGCUUCGACGGAGAGGCAGAAUUCACCGGCUCCAUCGGCUGGCGCCUCCUCUUCAACCGCAUUGCCGGCGUCAACGUCCGGAUCGAAGCUGUUUGGUGGUCUCUUCGGAUCGCUCAACACCUCGGACAGUGGGACGCAGGCACGCGGAGCAGGAUAUCCGGGCCAGGGAGGGGGACGUAGAUCGUUAGCGCUGAUGGACGACGAGCCCCAGACACCGUCGACGGGUGAGCUUACCCAGGAUGGCUUCCAACCGUAUCCGGGUGCACAGAUUGCUCCACCUCGACUGCUGCGUCCCAACAUGCCUCAGAGAAACUACUCGAUCGACGACACAAUGUUCGACGACGAGUCGGCAGGCAGGCGUAACCUGAUGGCGACGACGGCCAGCGGUGGUCGUGGCCAGCGCGAUGCAGACUACUACGACGAUGAGGAUGAUCAAGAUGACGACGAUCUGGAUGCAUCGCGAUCGACCCCGAACGCGGCAGCGGCCGAACAGUUGCGCCGACGCAUGCAAAUGCAGCACGACUUUGGACGUGGCUUCGACGCCGCCAGCGGCCAUGAUGUGGGCAGUACGCCAUCGAGGCGAGGACCGGAAGCGACGGACCCGCAAGGUCGAUUGAGAACCAAUCGUCGAGACGAGAUCGCCUACGAACACGCGCAGACAGAGCAAGCGAUUCAACGAUCGUUGAUCGACCAAGAGCGUUUGGGUGCAGUACAAGCGGACCAAGCAGCGCAGAACUCGGCGAGCGUAGAGACGCUCAAGUCGAUCUUCCCGACCAUGGACGACGGUGUGAUCCACAUGGUGCUGCAAGGAUGCGAGGGCAACGUCGAGACGGCGAUCGAUCGUUUGUUGGAGAUGCAGUAA